AUUUGCUUCUCCCAGAGUAGUAUAUCUUCGCCACUCGACUACCCAGACCCCUACUCUAUAUUCCAUACAACGAACUACAACAACACCAAACCAACAACAGCAACACCAAUCGCCACAUCCACAUCCACAUCCACAUCUACAUCUACCAAAAUGGUCCUCUCCUACCACAUCACCGAGCCGCACCCCUCCAUCCCCGCCUCUCACAUCUACCACGCCGGACGAGGCGGCGCCGGCAACGUUAUGCGCGUCAACCCCAAGAGCGUCACCUCGGGCCCCGAUGCUUCAGGCCCGGCCUCCCGCAUUAAGCUCACUCCCCCGCCCGCUGACGCGCUCUUCACCACCGGCCGCGGCGGCGCCGGCAACGUCCACCGCGAGAAGGAGCGCGCCAUGUUCAGCUUCGACGAGGAGCUCGCGCAGCAGGAGCGUCUGAGGGAGCACGCCGCGCCCGUCUACCACAUUGGCCGCGGCGGCGCCGGCAACCUUGUCGACGAGCUGCAUCCCCGGACCAGCCGCCAGAACUCGGCAUCCUCGACCAUGAGCUCCGACUCUGAGGGCGGCGUCAGGCGCAGCAUCGAGGGCGCAUGGCACCGCGUCUCGAAGCAGUUCUCGCGCAGCUGAACCGCAUGAUCCCGGCUUCGACUUCAUUCCGCAUUCGAUUCUCAUUGUAACGGUUCACUAUACAUCAUUCGACGACGACGACGACGACGACGACGACGAGAGCUGGUCCUGAUUCUCUCAGUCUAUUAAGCAUUUGCGAGCAAGGCGUUUGGAGCUUCAUCCUCAUCCUCAUCAUCACUCACCUUUCAUCGGCAUUUCCAACAAAAAGUCUUGUUCACUGUUUUCACACCACAAACAACCAUCGAGGAGUUCGGGCAACCCUCUGGGGAUCAAAAAAGCGACUUCUUUGAUACCCAGGUCA